AUGCCUUGCUACAAACUCCCCUCCCGAGUUCGUGCUAUAGCGUCAAAGCUCGAACAGCUCUUCAGGGCGGCAAAUCUCGAACAUGCCGAAUUCCAAUACAAGACAGAAAAGCCACCUCAGAAGAUAGGGACACAGCGACCAAGGGGCUUACGCUUAGAAGACAAGCACAAACAGUCCCUCGAAAGGUUCAAGAUACCCGUCGAUUUGGCAGACUACGAUCGCAGUCUAUUUGUUGCAAAGUAUUUUCUCGAUCAGGACGGGAAACCAGAUCCAUUGAAAACGCCAUUCCCUGUUCUGCUACCUGGCCUUUCGGACAUGCUAGCAGUCCAACAAGCAGCCGAUACCAUACCUGGAUUGAAGACGUCGAUUGGCGGAGAAGGUGACUUCCGGGUUCUGGUGAUCGGCUGGAUUAGAGCAGCCAUCUUUGAAGAGACAGAGAGGAUCUCAGCAGACCAAGCGAGACUGCGAGACGAACCGAGUCCAGAAUGGCAAAGACGGUUGCGAAAACAUUACAACCUGAUCAGAAUGCUGCCCGUGUCGUCCAAGCCAAGAAUAUUUGCUAUCGAGUCGGCCCAGGGGAGUUAUGCGAUUGAAUGCAGGGGGGUCAUGGACAACUACCACAGCUCAAACCCCGAUGACUCGAGUCUUAGGAUCACCUACAGCAAGACCGAUGGUUGGGUUGGCAUCUUCGAGAUUGGCGUCAUCUAUGGCGUAAUGAGAUUGGACACCGAUCGAAAAGCUCUCCUUGCCAGGUGCAAGGCGACGGAGAAGAACGAAUCUCGCCUGGAUGAUGGUCCAGGAAUGGACCUUUCACUGGAAGAGCUUGAGACAACUGAAGAAGAAGAUGAUGCCAGUGAGGAAGAGGACUUAUUCAGCGACCUAAGCGCGGACGAGAAGGACGAGGAGCAUGAGCCUAUGCCACCUGUGUUUGGAGCCGUGAUACGCAGGAAACGGAGUGUACCUGAAAAAGCACUGGGCACUUCUGCAAAACGUCCCAGGCUAUCGCUUAGUACUUCAUCCAACCGACUCUACUUUAAAUGGCGUGGUCGUGAGCAAGGUGAUGGUGACGUUGCACACGAUGGCUAUAAGAAAAAUGCCGGCUACCUGCAAUUCACAGACGCGACUUGUACCAAGUUCGAAAGCACGAUAUCUAAUGCGCUUGUUGGAAAGAAUGUGCGCUUUCAGGGUUUCAAGAUCAGUGCCGACGGGGGUGCAGUGACCAGGACGUACCGAGAGUACUCGGAACGCGCGGGAAGUUUUUGA